CUCGCGCCGUGCGUCAUCGCGUCACCGUGACCUCGCUUCUACGCUCCGGGAGCUGUCAUCGUUUUACCGGGAGAGGCGAAGGGCAUCUGGGAUACCGGCCGCUGGCGGAGACGUCGAGACUCUUCUGGAGUGGACCUUCAGCCCUUCCUGGCGUGGGAGUGACCCAAGUGGAUUUUAUUUCCUGCUGUUGUGCGAGGGCAACAACCUUCUGCCCACUGGACUCGCCACCAUUGUGUGUGAGACAAACUAAAGACUGCUCAUGCAUCGUUUAAGGACUUGUGCGGCACGGUUGCGUCCGCUCACCGCCUCACAGGCGGCUCAGACUGUCUGCCAGCAGCGGCCAAUCACAGUAGCCUCCACAGGCUGCAAUAGGACGUUUCAGCCAAUCAGGUGCUACUCGGCACCUGUGGCCUCAGAGCCAUUCCUGAAUGGGACAAGCUCGAACUAUGUGGAGGAGAUGUACUACGCCUGGUUGGAGAACCCCAAGAGUGUUCACAAGUCGUGGGACGUCUUCUUUCGGAACGCCAACGCUGGCGCUCCCCCUGGCGCCGCGUACCAGUCUCCUCUGGGUCUGUCUGCGGCGCCGGGCCUCGUCACGCCUCAGCUCUCCUCCCUGGUCGGAGCUCCGCCCAACGUGGAGAAGCUGGUGGAGGAUCACUUGGCUGUGCAAUCCCUCAUCAGGGCCUAUCAGAUCCGAGGGCACCACGUGGCCCAGCUGGACCCGCUCGGCAUCAUGGACGCUGAUCUGGACUCGUGUGUUCCCACUGACAUCAUCACCUCCUCCGACAAGCUAGAUGUGGCUGUGUUCAAGGAGAGGCUGAGACUCCUAAUGGUGGGAGAGUCAGACUGCCACGCUCGGUUCGGAGUCGGUCGUCCUCAGAUGGGUUUCUACGGGCUGGACGAGUCAGACCUGGAUAAGGUGUUCCGGCUGCCCACCACCACCUUCAUCGGUGCCUCGGAGACGGCGCUGCCGCUGAAGGAGAUCAUCCGCCGACUGGAGAUGGCGUACUGUCAGCACAUCGGCGUGGAGUUCAUGUUCAUCAAUGACCUGGAGCAGUGUCAGUGGAUCAGACAGAAGUUUGAGACUCCUGGAGUGAUGCAGUUCACUCUGGAGGAGAAAAGGACUCUGUUGGCUCGCAUGGUCCGCUCCACCAGGUUUGAGGAGUUUCUGCAGAAGAAGUGGUCUGCAGAGAAACGCUUUGGACUAGAGGGAUGCGAAUCUCUGAUCCCAGCUCUAAAAACCAUCAUUGAUAAAUCCUCAGAGAACGGGGUGGAGAACGUCAUCAUGGGCAUGCCUCACAGAGGUCGGCUGAACGUUUUGGCCAACGUGAUCCGUAAAGAGCUGGAGCAGAUCUUCUGCCAGUUUGACUCCAGACUGGAAUCUGCUGAUGAGGGCUCCGGGGACGUAAAGUACCACCUGGGCAUGUACCAUCGCCGGAUAAACCGAGUGACGGACCGGAACAUCACCUUGUCUCUGGUGGCAAACCCUUCACACCUGGAGGCCGUGGACCCAGUGGUUCAAGGAAAAACCAAAGCUGAGCAGUUUUACUGUGGAGACACCAACGGAAACCGGGUGAUGUCCAUCCUGCUGCAUGGAGAUGCUGCGUUUGCGGGUCAGGGGAUCGUCUACGAGACCUUCCACCUGUCUGAUCUGCCGUCCUACACCACGCACGGCACUGUGCACGUGGUGGUCAACAACCAGAUCGGGUUCACCACCGACCCCCGAAUGGCGCGCUCGUCUCCGUACCCAACCGACGUUGCCCGCGUGGUCAACGCUCCCAUCUUCCACGUGAACGCCGACGACCCCGAGGCCGUCAUCUACGUCUGCAAGGUGGCCGCCGAGUGGAGAGCCGCCUUCCACAAGGAUGUGGUUGUCGAUCUGGUGUGUUACCGUCGGAUGGGCCAUAACGAGAUGGACGAGCCCAUGUUCACUCAGCCGCUGAUGUACAAACAGAUCAAGAAGCAGAAGCCGGUUCUGCAAAAAUACGCCGAAAAGCUGAUCGCCGACGGCGCCGUGAGCAGGCAGGAAUACGAGGAGGAGAUCGCCAAGUACGACAAGAUCUGUGAGGAGGCUCACGCACGCUCCAAAGAUGAGAAGAUCCUCCACAUCAAGCAUUGGCUGGACUCCCCGUGGCCCGGUUUUUUCACUCUGGACGGACAGCCCAAGUCCAUGAGCUGUCCCACCACCGGGAUCUCCGAGGCGGACCUGAACCAAAUUGGACAGGUGGCGUCCUCCGUCCCCGUAGAGGACUUCACCAUCCACGGAGGUCUGAGCCGGAUCCUAAAAGGCCGAGCUGAGAUGGUCCGGCACCGGACGGUGGACUGGGCCCUGGCAGAAUACAUGGCAUUCGGGUCGCUGCUGAAAGAGGGCAUCCACGUCAGACUGUCGGGUCAGGAUGUAGAGCGAGGGACAUUCAGCCACCGUCACCAUGUCCUCCACGACCAGAACGUGGACAAGCGGACCUGCAUCCCGAUGAACCACCUGAGUCCGGACCAGGCCCCGUACACGGUCUGUAACAGCUCGCUGUCCGAGUACGGCGUCCUCGGCUUUGAGCUGGGCUUCGCCAUGGCCAGUCCCAACGCCCUGAUCCUGUGGGAGGCCCAGUUCGGAGACUUCCACAACACAGCCCAGUGCAUCAUCGACCAGUUCAUCUGUCCGGGUCAGGCCAAGUGGGUCCGGCAGAACGGCAUCGUGCUACUGCUGCCGCACGGGAUGGAGGGCAUGGGUCCAGAACAUUCUUCGGCCCGUCCAGAACGAUUCCUCCAGAUGUGCAACGACGACCCAGAUGUCAUGCCUAACAUCACAGAGGACUUUGCGGUCCGUCAGCUGUACGACUGUAACUGGAUCGUCGUGAACUGUUCCAGCCCGGGAAACUACUUCCAUGUUCUGAGACGGCAGAUCCUGCUCCCCUUCAGGAAACCGCUGAUCGUCUUCACUCCCAAAUCCCUCCUGCGCCACCCGGAGGCCAGGUCCGGCUUCGACGAGAUGCUGCCCGGAUCGCACUUCCAGAGGCUGAUCCCGGAUGACGGUCCGGUGUCCGAGCGUCCAGACGCCGUGAAGAGGCUGAUCUUCUGCACCGGAAAGGUUUACUACGAGCUGACGAAAGAGAGGAAGAGCAGAGGCCUGGAGGACACGGUGGCCAUCGCACGCAUGGAGCAGCUGUCUCCGUUCCCAUUCGACCAGGUGAAGGCGGAGUUUGAGCGCUUCCCCAACGCCGACCUGGUCUGGUGUCAGGAGGAGCACAAAAACCAGGGUUACUACGACUACGUGAAACCCCGCAUCAGGACCACCAUCAACAAGGCCAAGCCUGUCGGGUACGCCGGCAGAGAUCCAGCUGCAGCUCCGGCGACAGGAAACAAGAACACUCACCUGAUGGAGCUGCGGCGCUUCCUGGACACCGCCUUUGACAUGGAUGCAUUCAGAGAUCAGCAGUAAAGCUGUAGCCAGCUGCACCUGGAGCAGAACCUCACCUGGACACACACACACACACACACACACACACACACACACAACAUCUGAUAUCUUGUCUGGCUUCAACACUACAGAGCAGACCGGAUCUUCAUCGGAGCAGCUUCAAGCUUCGCAGAACAUCCGUUUCCUUCCUUUAGUUUGAGUGACAGGGACAUGUCUCGCGCUGAUAGUCGUUUCCAGGAAUGGAGUCGCCAUGGCAACAUGCAACAUCAGAGAGGCGGUCCUAUCUGCCACGUUGAAUCUGACCCGAGUCCAGCUUCACCCUAAAGGGGCUCGGUAGAGUUUAGUUUGACUCUAAAAGGAAACGUGUUGCUUGUAAUGGAGCUAGGCCUGCAACACACACACACACACACACUCACACACACACACACACACACACUCUCUCUCUCCAGCUGUUCUAGACCAGCAAAAGCAUCAUCAUCAUUUUCAUCACUCCCACACACACAAUGCUUCUGCUCUACAGGAAAUGUUUAACUUCCCGUUUCAAACUCCACCUUUAGACUCAUUAGCGCUCCUCUGGGAGUGAAUGGGAGUCCAGCUACCAGGGAGAGAGGAGGCUUUCUUUGUUUUUGUUUAUUUAAUUUUGUUUGUUUCUGGCUUUUUUGCUCAUUAAUGAAGGUCUGUAAUUAGUCACUAUGGUAAUGCCUAACUCUGAGGUUUUAUUGAAUCUUAUUCUGAAAGAUGAGAGAUGACACGGGACCGCCUUGCCCCGCUCAUCCUCCUCAAACGGACUGGACCACGAUCAUUCGGCCCACCCGGCCUCACUAAGCGAGCACUCAUCUUGUGCCAAAUGCGCUGCAGCGUGUCACGUUUUCCUAUUACGCUCUGGUGUUGCAGCAGGAAACCAAGAGAGACGACGGCGGAGGCUGAAUCCGCUGCAGCUUCUGUGACAAAGAAAUUCAUUUAUUUAUUUUCAUAAUGGGGGACUGAAGUUGUCUUUGUUAUUUUGCUUCAUUCAAUAAAGGAUUCUGAGAAGCUGCU